AUGCUUCCAACAUUUAAUGUAGAUGGUGAUAUACUUGCAAUAGAACAUUUAAGUUCCAAAUUUAAACAUUUGAAAGUGGGUGAUGUGGUUAUUUGUAUAUCACCUACAAAUCCUUAUAAUUUAAUUUGUAAAAGGAUAAUAGGAAUGCCAGGAGAUUUUAUUUGUGUUGAUCCAACAUUAAAAGAUAGAACUUAUAUUAAUGUUCCUAAAGGUCAUAUUUGGAUACAAGGUGACAAUAUGAAUAAUUCCAUUGAUUCCAGAUCCUAUGGUCCUGUACCUCAUGCUUUAAUUCGUGGACGUGUAUUUGCUAGGGUAAAUGAUAAAACACAUAUUUGUAUCAAAAGUGAUUGGACAUGUUAG